CCUGGUCCUUCCCUUGCCAUACCCUUGGCCAGACACACUGCAUAUUUCCUCACCAGGAACUGCUGGGUGCUGAGCAUUUCCUCUCCUUUCUCUUUCCUCUUCAGUGCCGUGAGACCACCUAUGGACUCCACGCUUCGGUCUGAGCUAGUUAAGAAAAGCAUCAAGAAGGUGUUUUCGUUGCCCUCCUUGAAACUUACAAAACUCAUAGCCGGGAGUCUCACGCAAUCAUCACAGAGCCAGGACUUUUAUCAGCAGACGGUCAACGCCUGCCUCAACAUGCUCACCAGCUUGCUGUCGGAGGCCCCCUCUCUGGAGGCGCUGCAGGAUAUAUUAGUGCACACAAAUGGCUGGAUUGACUCCACAGAAAUCUUUGGGCGCAAAAGAGCUGUCAAGAGCACCAGCUUUCUAAUGAAAUAUGUUUCCGAGCAUUUCGACUUUGAUAUAUCCCAGGAUUUCCCCCUUCUGGGACAGCUGGUGGCGCUCUUGUCCCUUCACCUUGCAGACAACGUGGAGGAAAUUGGUCUGCAGUCAGCGGAGGCCUUGUACCAUCUCCAUUGCAUAAUGAAAGCCAAAAUGGGUGAGGGGGGUGCUGGGAAAGGGGGUGUUUCUUGCAAGCCGCAGGGUGGGAGAUCUGCAGCCCUCCAGAGGCUGCUCCAACUCCCAUCAUCCCUGAGUGUUGGCCAGGCUGGCUGCUGCUGGGGGUGAUGGGAGCUCAGGAGGGCCAGAAUUCGUGCCAGCCCUGGCCUGACGCAAACACCCCGUUGGCCAGAGAUGAGAGGGCAGUCUGAGGGGAGGGAUUCACUGCUGAAGAAGACAAGAAAAGCUGCCUGGAUCAGACCAGUGGCCCAGCCCAGUCCAGCAUCCUGUUCCCCCAGGGGUUGACCAGGUGCCUGUGGGAAACAAGCAAGCAGAAUUCGAACU